GGGUGUAGGAAUAUUUUUAAGGCGAAGCUACGGUGCAAGUGACUUCCCAGGGAAUGAACUGCACAGGCUUGUUAAUCAGUUCACAGUGUAAAGACACACUUUAAGAGGAUCCUUGGAAGUCUUGGACAAGCUUCCCCGCAUGUGGCAGGUGCUGUGCUGGCCAUCGGUGACCCAAAGAUGAUGAUAAAUAUGUUCCUGCCUGCAAGGAGCUAGCGGUCCACUGGGAUUCCUCUUGCUGAUGACACGAGUCCUGUUUGAAUCUACUUAUAAGAUUCUGAAGCCUGAACAGAGAAUUUUGGCACUGCACUGGCAUUGCAAGAAAUAGAUAAUAUCAAGGACAUCAGGAGUGGGAGAGAUUGCAGACUCAGCAGGAUGUCUUCCAAGCGACCAGCCUCUCCGUAUGGGGAAGCAGAUGGAGAGGUAGCCAUGGUGACAAGCAGACAGAAAGUGGAAGAAGAGGAGAGUGACGGGCUCCCAGCCUUUCACCUUCCCUUGCAUGAAGUUGAUGGCAAUAAAGUUAUGUCUUCAUUUGCCCCACACAACUCAUCUACCUCACCUCAGAAGGCAGAAGAAGGUGGGCGACAGAGUGGCGAGUCCUUGUCUAGUACAGCCCUGGGGACUCCUGAGCGGCGCAAAGGCAGCUUAGCUGAUGUUGUUGACACCUUGAAGCAGAGGAAGAUGGAAGAGCUCAUCAAAAAUGAGCCAGAAGAAACCCCCAGUAUUGAAAAGCUACUAUCAAAGGACUGGAAAGACAAGCUUCUUGCAAUGGGAUCAGGGAACUUUGGUGAAAUAAAAGGGACUCCCGAAAGCCUCGCUGAGAAGGAGAGACAGCUCAUGGGGAUGAUCAAUCAGCUAACCAGUCUGCGAGAGCAGCUGCUGGCUGCCCAUGAUGAGCAGAAGAAACUGGCUGCAUCUCAGAUUGAGAAACAGCGCCAGCAAAUGGAGCUGGCCAAGCAGCAGCAAGAACAGAUUGCAAGACAACAGCAGCAGCUUCUGCAGCAACAACACAAAAUCAAUUUGCUUCAGCAACAGAUCCAGCAGGUUCAAGGUCAACUGCCGCCAUUAAUGAUUCCUGUAUUCCCUCCCGAUCAACGGACACUGGCUGCAGCUGCCCAGCAAGGAUUCCUCCUUCCUCCAGGCUUCAGCUAUAAGGCUGGAUGUAGUGACCCUUACCCUGUACAGCUGAUCCCAACUACCAUGGCAGCUGCUGCUGCAGCAACACCAGGCUUAGGCCCACUCCAACUGCAGCAGUUAUAUGCUGCCCAGCUAGCUGCAAUGCAGGUAUCUCCAGGAGGAAAGCUCCCAGGCAUACCCCAAGGCAACCUUGGUGCUGCUGUAUCUCCUACCAGCAUUCACACAGACAAGAGCACAAACAGCCCACCACCCAAAAGCAAGGAUGAAGUGGCACAGCCACUGAACCUAUCAGCUAAACCCAAGACCUCUGAUGGCAAAUCACCCACAUCACCCACCUCUCCCCAUAUGCCAGCUCUGAGAAUAAACAGUGGGGCAGGCCCCCUCAAAGCCUCUGUCCCAGCAUCAUUAGCUAGUCCUUCAGCCAGAGUUAGCACAAUAGGUUAUUUAAAUGACCAUGAUGCUGUCACCAAGGCAAUCCAAGAAGCUCGGCAGAUGAAGGAGCAGCUUCGGCGGGAACAACAGGUGCUUGAUGGGAAGGUGGCUGUUGUGAAUAGUCUAGGUCUCAAUAACUGCCGAGCAGAAAAGGAAAAAACAACACUGGAGAGUCUGACUCAGCAACUGGCAGUUAAACAGAAUGAAGAAGGAAAAUUUAGCCAUGCCAUGAUGGAUUUCAAUAUGAGUGGAGAUUCUGAUGGAAGUGCUGGAGUCUCAGAAUCAAGAAUUUAUAGAGAAUCCAGGGGGCGUGGUAGCAAUGAACCCCACAUAAAGCGUCCAAUGAAUGCCUUCAUGGUGUGGGCUAAAGAUGAACGAAGGAAAAUCCUUCAGGCCUUUCCUGACAUGCACAAUUCCAACAUCAGCAAGAUACUGGGAUCUCGCUGGAAAGCUAUGACAAACCUAGAGAAACAGCCAUAUUAUGAGGAGCAAGCCCGUCUCAGCAAGCAGCACCUGGAGAAGUACCCUGACUACAAAUACAAGCCCAGGCCGAAGCGCACCUGCCUGGUGGAUGGCAAAAAGCUGCGCAUCGGGGAAUACAAGGCAAUCAUGCGGAACAGGCGGCAGGAAAUGCGGCAAUACUUCAACGUUGGGCAACAAGCACAGAUCCCCAUCGCCACUGCUGGUGUCGUGUACCCUGGAGCCAUCGCCAUGGCUGGAAUGCCCUCCCCUCAUCUGCCCUCAGAGCACUCAAGCGUGUCCAGCAGCCCGGAGCCUGGGAUGCCUGUUAUCCAGAGCACUUACGGCGUGAAAGGAGAGGAGCCACAUAUCAAAGAAGAGAUCCAGGCUGAGGACAUCAACGGAGAAAUUUAUGAUGAGUACGAGGAGGAAGAGGAUGAUCCAGAUGUAGAUUAUGGGAGUGACAGUGAAAACCAUAUUGCAGGACAAGCCAACUGAUAAGGGUCAAAAGAUUGUUGUGACCUUAGGACUUAAAGAAGCCCUAGCUGGUUCAUCCUUACCAGUGGCCAAGCACAUUAACUUUCUCAUACACUGACUGUUACUUUAACUGUUAGUCUUAAAUAGUUGGGACAUCAGCUGACUAAUAGACCUCAGCCUCAAAAGGCUUGGAAAGGAAAUAAAAAUACAACAAGCAAACAACAAUAUCAACAACAAGAGAUUGAAAUAAGCUAUGGGUAAAAUAAUGCCAGUAAUUCAGCUGCUACAUCCAAGCACUGAAGUCUUACCCGUCAACUUUUUUUUUUAAUAAACUUUAUGGCUGUUUGUUCUACAAUGUUCUAGAAAUUCUCACUCAGGUACACAGUGCCAACAAGUGGCUUGUGAAUGUGUUUUGUUGUUUUGUGCUACAGUUUUUAAAAAGAAAUAAGUUUUGU